CCCAAAGAAAAGACAAGGCCCAGAGAAAUAUAGAUGGUCGCGUGGCAACCAUAUUAUACCAACACUACAACCACAAAUAUUUGUGCAUCUCUCUCGCUGGCGGCCCCUAAAAUAAUCCGAUAACUAAUCAUCGAAACAAAUUAGAGCCACCAAUACAUACAACAUAUACUUACACAUCUCCUUCAUACCCUAAGCUUCCGCUUCGGAGAUCUACGAGUAAUUGACUAAAAUGGUUGGGGGUGGAGCAAUUCAACGAUUACUCAAGACAAGACUUUUAUCUCAAUCAGCUGGCCGUCCAGUUCUGUCUUCUCUUUUAGCUAAAAAAGAUCAGGAGGAAGCUGGAUCUGCUGGCAUGAAGUCUCUAAGAGCAUUUGCACUUCUUGGAGCAGGUGUAUCAGGACUUCUGGGCUUUGCUACAGUAGCUUCUGCUGAUGAGUCUGAGCAUGGUUUGGAGUGUCCUAGCUAUCCGUGGCCUCAUGCAGGAAUUUUGAGUUCAUAUGAUCACGCCUCGAUUCGUCGUGGUCAUCAGGUGUACCAACAAGUCUGUGCAUCCUGCCAUUCAAUGUCCCUAGUUUCAUAUCGUGACUUGGUGGGUGUGGCCUAUACAGAGGAGGAAACAAAGGCUAUGGCUGCUGAAAUUGAGGUUGUUGAUGGUCCUAAUGAUGAGGGUGAGAUGUUCACCCGACCCGGGAAACUGAGUGAUAAAUUUCCUGAACCAUAUCCAAAUGAGCAGGCAGCUAGAUUUGCCAAUGGAGGGGCUUAUCCUCCUGAUCUAAGUGUUAUCACUAAGGCUCGUCACAAUGGUCAGAAUUACGUAUUUUCCCUUCUAACUGGUUAUCGUGAACCACCUGCUGGAGUUUCUGUCAGAGAAGGACUGCACUAUAAUCCAUACUUCCCUGGUGGGGCUAUUGCUAUGCCUAAAAUGCUUAAUGAUGGCGCUGUUGAGUAUGAAGAUGGUACUCCGGCUACAGAAGCCCAGAUGGGUAAAGAUAUUGUCAGCUUUCUAUCUUGGGCUGCAGAACCAGAGAUGGAAGAGAGAAAACUGAUGGGGUUCAAGUGGAUAUUAGUACUCUCCCUGGCCUUUCUUCAAGCAGGAUACUACAGGCGCAUGAAGUGGUCUGUUCUCAAGUCCCGGAAGGUGAUUGUUGAUGUUGUUAAUUAAUUCCACCUCCAUCCAGGUUUUCUAGCCUCCUAACUUUAUAGGGGGAACAUGUGUUGGCACGCGGCAGUAAUUACUUUGCAGGACAAGGCUUUCUCAUUUUGGCUGUUGUGCUUAUUAUAAUUGUACUAUAGUCAUAUUAAAUGAUUUAGUCGUCCAUUUAUAAGGGGGAAUAAGAGCCCAGUAGAUGUGCAUACUCUAUAUCCUUGUCUGCAAUAUGUGCUGUUUGGAACUUGUUACUAAAUGAGCAGUCCCGGAUUUUUUUGGUGUGUUAAUAAAGCAUUUAGCACCGGUUACUAUA